CGUAAAAAUUUCCGGGCUGGUUUGCAAGACGACCAGCGUGAUGCUAAAAAGGUGUGCACGUGAAUGGACUCCCCCUCACGAGUACACCCAUGUGGAAAGAAAAACCAUCCCACGGGAGACGUGUUAAGUGGAAGACUGCUAUCCACGUGGCAGUUCUUUUUUUACAUUCCCGCAUGUACGCUAAGAGGUUAGUUGAUCACACAGGGGAAGAGCGAUGUUUGUACAGCCUCCCUCCAUGCACGCUUCUCACCAUGCAAUGAGGAUAAGUUAAAUUUUUUUGGGCAUAUAAAAGGGGAGGAAAAAAAAAAAAAAGAGAAAGCUGGACUUUCCCUUCCCCCAAAAAAACGGUUGACACACCUCCCCCUUUGAGACAACCUCCCGCAGCUGUACUUUUGGCCACACAGGGUGAAAACCUACUACCAAAUCUCGUGCAACGCUGAGGAGUCGCUUCAGUCAAAGGAAGCCAAUUCAAAUAAAGAGGAGGGGAGGAAAACAAAAAAGCACGCGCUCAGAAAGGUAGGCGCGAAAAGGCAAACUCUUAAGGGGUACAACGCGAACCAUGGAGGAACGCCCCACGGGUCUGAGGAGCCUCCCCCUGACGGAAAAAAAAGGCGAGGCGAAGAGGCUAACGCAGUCCAGAGAGGACGCCCCCACAGAGGAAGACCUGGAGAUAUGUUUCCACCUGCCCAACGGAGAGACCCUCACACUAAAGGAAAACGGGGGCAUAGAAGUUGGCCAUUUGAAACUAAAACUGUCACACCUUUUGGGGAAGCCCUAUCAGCAAAUCUUCUUAACGUACAAUAAUAUGGCCAUGCUGGAUCCCUUGUCUAUAAUAGACGUCACUGGGAGGGCCAAUUUGCAAAAAAUUCACAUCGAGGUUGGCUACCCCGACUAGUGCGCUCUGCCUGCUCGGGUGCUAAGCGGGUGCGAAUGGGUCCUACAUACGCUGCUUCUGCAUCUGCUUCUUCUACGUAUGCUGCUUCUUUUUUUUUUU